CGAUACUAUAUCUUUUUGACCGCAUGUAGAAUCUACACCAAAGAAGUGCCGCCCUUCGAAGCAGGUAAUGGUUCGUUUUCUCAUUUGGUCAAAAGGUUGAAUGCCCACCCCGACCUAAAGGAUGGUGGGAAGGUUGGUUCGUUUUCUCAGUAUAUACUACGGAGUACUCCUUAUAUGCCCACCCCUGCACAUAAUGGGCGUAGACGCGUAGUUAUAUGAGUUACUUUAUGGAGGUAUUGGCCGUGUAUUUUGUACUUCGUAGUUGUUAUGUCAGGCUUUGUUUACGCUGUGGCUCCUCUUUAAGGGAUCGGAGGUAUUGUUUUUUGGUUAGUAUAGUAUUAGACAUAGAGACAAUUAGACAUGAAAAAUCAACAUGAAUCACUAAACAUCAAACGGAUUUGUCACGACAAUUACUCGCCAUGUAGAUCAUCAUCCUUCUAAUGACAUGAUAACUAGUUCAAAUUGCCGGUCAUUCACACAAACCUAACACCAAAUAGUUUUAAUUGGUUUAUAGAAGUGUGUCGGAUAGAGGUAUUAGUAAGUUGUAUCAAAGAAAUUAAUUCCUAAUCAUUAGAUUAUUAGAUUACAGGAAGAAUUGAAAAUAAUAAUUCCAACUAUUACCGGUACGCUAUUAAUAAUUCCAAAUGUACCAUCAUUUUUUAAACAUGUACAAAUACUUUGUAGAAUUUUCAUAAUAAUUUUUACAUGAUUAAAAAUAUUCAAUUUGGAAAUUUAUAAAAAUAUUUUAUAUUUUUCUAAAAUUGAGAGUUGAUAAUUGGGAUCAUUAAAAGAAGAUCAACUAUAGUUGGGAUUAUUUAUAGCUUAUGUGUGGUUCGCAUUUAAAUUUGACCUGCUAUACCAGGUCAAAUUAUAUAUGUGUUGGCAUAAAUAGGUGAGUUCUUGGUUUAACUUGUAAUCUUGUAUCAUGAGAAGUUUCUUAUAACAGUAAAAAUUAUUUUUCCUUCAAAAGUUCUCUUCCAAAAGACCAAAACCAGCUUUUAUGUCAUAAAUGAUAACUGUUAGAUAUAGUAUUUUCUAAAAGCGCAUAUGCUAAGCUAUUUUGUUGGAUUCAUAUAUACUAGCAUUGUUAACUUGUUAAGUUGUACUAUUCUUCCCCACCUCCUCUUGGUCAUGAGUUGGUUACUGUGAGAUUAUAAAUCAUUAUUCAAUUUCAUUCAAUGUGACAGUAAAGCUGAACUUGAAUUCUCCCAUAUCUGAUAAGAAACUUCAAUAUGGAGCUGAAAGAAUGUAGCAACAGAAGAGAGACAGACUGUUCAGUAGUCAUGAUUGAUGAUGAUGAUAUUCCUGAAGGGGUUUGGAUGGAGAUAUUUUCAAGACUGCCUUUGAGAACAAAAAUCCAGCUUAGAUGUGUUUCGAAGCGUUGGCAUUCUCUAAUUUCUGAUACAUACAUGAGCGUACUGCCACCAUGGGAUAUACUAUUCCGUUACAAGAAAGAAGAUCAAUGUAUACAUGCUUAUCAUGUCCUUGGUAAAUUUACAGGUCUUUACAUAGUUUCGAAAAAGGGCCUUGAGUUAUCAUCUCCAGGUUUUUCAUUAGAAUUUCUUACUCAUGUACGACGUGGAUAUUACCCCCUUCGAGUUUUGGGAUCAAGCAAUGGGCUAAUUUUGUGCUGCAAGCGUGUGCAUACGCAAACUGAUUACUACGUGUGUAAUACAAUAACUGCCCGAUGGUUAUCACUCCCUAAACCCCUUUGUACUGAAAAUCACGUAAAUGUAGGUUUGAGUAGCCAGGAUGGUGGAGGCUACAAGGUGGUUCGAAUCAUAAGGCACAGACAAAUGUCAAACAUACUUGAUGUGGAAGUAUUUUCUCCUGAUACUGGCAAAUGGAAGAGUUUGAAAGUGUCAUGUCCUAGAUAUAUUCGCAUGAUGAGCUAUUACCAAGCUGAGCCGUUCCGUGGUGUUUUGCAUUGGAUUGCAUAUCCUGAUUUAGUUGUAGCUUAUGAUCCAAACCGCAAUUUAGGCGAGUGCCGCUUGAUUGAUUUGCCCAAAUCUGAAGGUUAUGAGUCCUUUGGAAAACAGGUGCUUGGUACAUGUGCUGGUCAACUGCGUUAUUUUCGUGUUGAACGAACUACAACUUUCAAGAUCCAGCAGCGGGAAGGACUGCCAAUGCCAUUUAAUAGACGUGACCGGUACUUGUCUUCAUGGACACUUGUGGACUAUGAUAGUGGAGAGUGGUCUUUGGAUUUCAGAACAAAAGUGAAUGACCUUCAUCAGAGUGCACUCCCGCUAGCUUUCCAUCCCUUUGAUUUGCGUAGAGUUUUCAUGAUGUGUGGCCGUAAAAUUGCUUCAUACAACUAUCGAUCCCAAAAAUUCAUGUUUAUCCCCAGUCAAAUCAGUCAUUUGUCUCGCAUUGGGCGUUAAGCUGUUCACUUAUUUGCCCAAUAUACAAACCAUUGAAGUUUUGGCACCAUGCUUAAAUGUCAAGUAGAAAAGAAGGGGAUGUGGAGUCCAUGAGCCCUUGUACAUUGCGGGGUAGUGUUUGUACAAGCAAAAAGUGCUACUUGGACUAGGUGUUUGAAUCUUUAUGUGACUAUGAUUUAUUUAAUAUUGUGGAUGAUUUUACAAAAUGAAAUUUAUUUGAAAUUAUUGAAAUUUUA